GCUCUUGCUGGUUUACUCACACCCCGUCCUGUCUCUUGCUUUGGAAAGCUGUUCCACUUGAUCGUUUGGUCUGCCUCUUUGAGUCAGUGGUGGCAGGGGAAUUAUAAAGGCGACGAAGGCGCAGCCAAGUCCUAGGUAGCGCGUGCCAGAUUUAAGCUGAUUUAAGGUUGUGCAGCCUGACUCUGAAACUUUCUUCGCACAAGGAACAGCUACUUUUGGACAAAAUUGCUAUUUUUUUUAUUUAUUUUUUUUGCCAUCAGUGUGCGCCUGGCUCGGUGAACCUGCUGGGUGGUGCACACCUCUCAAAGGCAGCAUGGUUAGUGGGGCUUUGCAGAUCGCGGGGCUGCUCGUCGGUGGCAUUGGCAUGAUCGGGACAUUCGCAGUCACAGGUAUGCCCCAGUGGAGGGUGUCUGCCUUCAUCGAGCACAACAUCAUCGUGUUUGAGACCAUCUGGGAAGGCCUGUGGAUGCACUGCAUCAGGCAAGCCAACAUCAGGAUGCAGUGCAAGGUCUACGACUCCGUGCUGGCCCUCUCUCCGGACCUGCAGGCAUCCAGAGGACUGAUGUGUGCCGGGUCAGCGCUCUCCUUCCUGGCGUUCCUGGUUGCUGUUGUUGGGAUGAAGUGCAUGCGGUGCAGGCAGAGCAGCUGGCCGGCCAAGGGCUAUAUUCUCUUGACGGCUGGGCUCCUCUUCAUCCUCUCGGGUGCCGUCACGCUCAUUCCAGUCUGCUGGGUUGCCAACACCAUCAUCAGGGACUUCUAUAACCCCGCGGUCAAUGUUGCACAGAAAAGGGAGCUUGGUGAGGCUCUCUACCUAGGCUGGGUGGCUGCCUUCUGCCUCUUGACAGCCGGAGCCAUAUUCUGCUGCUUUUGCUGCUGCUGUGAGAAAUCCAGGAGCUAUGGCUACUCCGCACCUCCCCACCACCUGCUGCACAGCCAGCAUCUGCACAGGACCACCGAAAGCUCAUACUCCAGGAGUCAGUUUCAAUAACAAGAACCAUUCUGCCACCGGACAGUACAGGGAGCAUCGUAGCCUGGGUGUUCCUGCCUGACACCUAUAUCCGGAUGUCACUCACUGUAGGUACUACUGCCAAUUAGAGAUCAAAAAACACUCAACUGUUUAGCACUCUCUGGGUGUAUUCUUACACAACCAGCAUAUGAUGCAUUUUUAUAGUAUUUUUGGGAGCAGUUUAUUUUCUAUACAAACCGUGCCCUGACUGCCUCAGAGUGUAAUUUUAUGCAUGACCUCAACAGCUGACCCUCCCAGAGUCAUGUAAGGAAAAAUGAUUUCAGAGCAAUCCUGCUAGAUAAGGCAGUCAGAUAAACAGAUUCAGGGCAUUAGGCAUGGUCAGUUCUCCAGCUGCGUAUACCUUCAAGAGCUGGCUGCCUGAAAAUGUUACAUGAAGGGUUUUUCUGUUGGAAAAACAAUAAAUAAAAAUUAAAUGCUAGUUUCGAGAAGGCUUUUCCAUAAAAGAUUUUCUAUUUUUUGACAUUAAAAUAACAAAUCAAAAUUCAGUUUUGAUAAUUUAGAGGUAAAAAUGUUCUACAAGCU